AUGUUUGGCGUGUUGGGGCUGCAUUUUUGGAGCGGCUUGCUCCACCGGUCAUGCAGACUUACGGCGCAGCCGCUCCGCUUCAGCCCGGCGCUUGCCGAGGGGACGUGCGUGGGCUGGUGCUUUGACAACGCGUCAGUGGUCAACGUCUCCGAUGUGCCAGUGAACUCCUCGCUUGUGUUCCAGGAGUUUUGUCAGACCAACGCGCAGUGCCUGCAAAGCUGGCAGUCAGGCAAAGACUUUAUACUGUGGCCAGAUGCUGGUCAGGAUCGUUUCUGUGGCGAAUACCGUUGUGAAGUGCAGCCAGUGAGUUCCGUACCACCUUCUCAGCUCGAGGUUCUGCGCCUCUUGGGCUCGGCGGAUACCGAGAUCACCACCACCUGCGGGUCAUCCCUGGCCAGCGACCCCGAGUAUGGGCCCGAGGUGGCGAACUCUUUGUUGGCGGGAGUGAACCUCAACAAUUGGAACACGGAGGUUAUUGGAGAGGCGAGAAAUUGGGGCAUCACGCAUUUUGACAACGUCGCGGCCAGCUUCCUUGUAGUCUUCCAGAGUGUGACGCUGGAAGGAUGGGCAGACGUCAUGAACAUGGUGCAGGAUGCACAAUCCACUGUUGUGGGCUUCGUCUACUUUCUUCUGCUGAUUGUUGUUGGCUCCUUCUUUCUGGUGAAUGUGAUUCUUGCCAUCAUCUGGGACGUCUUCCUGAAGGUGCGGGAGCAGCAGCUGCAGGAAAGAGAUGAGGAAGAAGCCGACAAGGGCACCCAGGAAGAUGUGCAGGAUGUGCCGCGCCGUGGGAGAUGUGCCUGCAAGGACUUUGUGGUCCAACUCUUCCUGCGGCGGAACAGUACGGAUGUGGAGAAGCUGUUGUGGGAGCCCAGCGACCACAGGGCAGUCCGAUGGGCACGAGCCAUUGCAACGAACACCAUGUUCAACUCUGGGGUGAUGACGAUGAUCUUGGUCAACGUCCUGGUGCUCUCCAUGGACCGUUACCCAGAGCACCUGGUGGCAGCUUCUGUGGGAGAGGUCUUGAACUACAUCUUUAACAUCGUAUUCCUUCUGGAGUGUAUGAUCCUCCAUGUGGCGGUUGGUCCUAUGGUCUACUGGGCAGACAACGCCAUGGCCUUCGACGGGGUCAUCGUGCUGCUCUCGGUGGUGGACAUUGUGAGCGACCUCGCCUCGGGUGCAGAUGGUGGUGGCUCAGCAAUCACAGCCCUGCGGGCGUUCCGCAUGCUGCGGAUCUUCAAGCUGGCAAAGAAGUUUCCCAGCAUGAAGAUCUUGCUGACAGCGGGCGUCAAGACCCUAAUGUCCAUGGGUGACUUUGUGGCAUUGCUCUUCUUGAUUAUUUGCGUCUUUGCCCUCAUGGCACAGAGCUUCUUCGGGGGAACCUUCAUGUUUCAUCCGGAAGAUGGGAGCCUUGUGCCUGUGCAGGACUAUCGCACGCGCUGCCCUAUGGGGCCUGGCGAGAAGCCAAUUUGCGUACCACGAGCUCAUUUCGACACCUUCUUAUGGAGUUUCAUCACCAUCUUCCAGAUCCUCACAGGAGAGAACUGGAACACGGUGAUGUACGAUGGAAUGAGGGCGACUGGAUGGGUGGCAACGCUCUUCUUCCUCUUUGUCGUGCUCUUCGGCAACUUCGUGAUUCUGAAUCUGUUCUUGGCGAUUCUGAUGAGCAAUUUCGACGAGCAGAGGAGCAAGCUCCAUGAAGCCAUGGAGAGCCGGCGAGAGCUGACCAGAGCAGAACUUCGGGACAGGGACCGCUGGGCAUGGGACAGCAAUGCCAUGCCUUUGGUGCCGCGGGCUUCCAGCAAUCCCAGGGUGGCACUCCCAGAUCAGUUGGCAGCAUCUUUACAGACAAAGCAUCGUGGAUAUCCAGAGUGGAACUCUGGAAGGACCGAAAUGUUGCAGCGUGCGAGAGGAGAUGUGGCGAGCGGUCCUUCUUUCUCUUCUCCAGGGACGCCGAGCUUCGGAGGGCCUGCUUGCGUCUCCUGGAGAUCCCAGCCUUUGAUCAGGUGA